AUGACGCCCCGACAUGUUCGAUCACGGCCCCACGUUUCUUCCCCGGGCAUCUGUGAAAUGUCUCGAUUCCUUUUUGUGACACUGUCUUCCAAACUCGCAGGGGAGGACGCCGACCUCCGGCUGAUCCUGGUGGGAAAAACCGGCGGCGGGAAGAGCGCCACGGGCAACACCAUCCUCGGCCGGAAAGAGUUCGAGUCCCACCUGGGGGCAAAGGCCACCACCCUGAGCUGCCAAAGGGGUCAAGGAAGAUGGCAGGACAGGAAGAUCUCCGUGGUCGACACCCCAGCCAUUUGUGAUUCGGAAAACCACAGUGAGAUGGUGCAAAACGAGACCAGGGCUUGUGCCGAACUCUCCCGGCCUGGUCCCCACGCCCUGAUCUUGGUGACCCAGGUGGGGCGCUUCACUGCGGAAGAUGUGGCUGCCGCAAAGCGGGUUCGGGCUAUCUUUGGGGCCGAGUCUGCCAGGCACACGAUCGUACUCUUCACCUGCUUGGAGGAUCUGGAAGGCGCCACCCUGCAGGAGUACGUCCGAAAGUCCGACAACCGGAAUCUGCAGGCUCUGAUCCGGCAGUGUGGGAACCGCUUCUGCGGCUUCAACAACAAGGCCGCGGGAGCCGAGCGGGAGAGGCAGGUCUCGGAGCUGAUGGAGAUGGUGGAGAGAGUUGUUUUCGAGAAUGGGGGGCGAUAUUACGCCAACUGGCUGUACGUGAAGCCCAACGUACGGGAUCAGCACGUUAGGAUAUCCGUAGAGGACCGAAAGGACUGGAAACGGGUGUGGUACUCCAAAGAGACUUGGGGAUGGAUUGGGUUGGCGUGCGUGGUGAUUGUGAUUGUGAUCGUUCUGGCGGUCCAGUUGUCGUGA